CCAAUUAAUUUGUGCUGCAGGUACCGUACCGAAGUUCAACCUUUCAAUCUUCGCCUGGCUCAGUGGUGGGAAUUCGACUCCCUCUCACCCUCUGAAGGACGUCGUUUCCCGCCGCUCCAACAUUUCGGUGUUCUCGGGCAACUCCCCAAGAGCCUCGCACCCAGCGCCUCGGCAGGGAGAAGGAGGACCAUUGGGCAUGGGGACCCACCUCAUCGGUAUCGGUCGGUCGGUCCUCUUCGGUCGGUCCUCUUCGGUCGGUUUCCUCGGCGACCCUAGCAACGCGCACUUGCAUCAUCGCUCGAUGGAGGAAGGCGGAGGAGGAACGGAGAGGCGGCAAGAGGCACUACGCUCUUUUCGCUUCAGCCUUGCAGAAGACGAAAGAAUCAAAAUCUCGACAGACACUCUGCUCUCGGACGGGGUCCCUUUACCGAGGCGAUGGGCUUUGACAAGAGACGGAAGACCAGCUGACAGCGGCGGGAUGGUGGGAACAGACCUCAGCUUCUGUCAAGUCAAGGCAAGGUCAUCGAGAUACCUGGGACCUGUACCUGGCCUGGCGUUAUCUCCCAUCCUCCAGGCUGCCCUCGUCGAAAGGAUGCUUAGCCCUGAGCUGACAUUUCCAUCCACCACGAUGGCCCAUCACCAGAAAAGACCCGUAGGGCUGGGCUUGGGAAUUGAAAGCUGACGUGGGCACCUUCCAAGGGCUCGAACUGGGGUGACACGACACCACAACUUCCAAAGAUCCCAAAAUCCCAAUAGCUUCGAACCAACGGGAACCUCACACAAGCGUAGCCGCCCGCGCCCGCCCGCCAUCCCGCAUAUCCUUGG